GAGCGUGUAUCGGGCCUAAUGGAGAACGGUCACGAUUCAUUCGGAGACCCCGCGAUUCGACCGGUUCGGUCAGUUUUAGACCGGCCCGCGCUCGCGCAGGGCGACGCUACGCCUUCCACGCAUCAUCCAAUCAUCGUUUUUUAAUCACAAAAACAUUCUGUAUUAUAAAUAAAACAGUGGACCAGUGUGUUUUCAACGUUCUAAAACGUUUUCAACGAAAAGUUUUCUGUGAUAUUAUGUUCGUUCAGUGACAUUUAGUUUUGCAACUUUGCAUUUUGUGUUGUGUUAAGUUUUGGUACGGUGAAAUUGGUUUCGGUACGGGUACAACAUCUUGUCGAUUAGUACAACAAUUUAUCUUGAUUCAACAAAAACUGUGUGCGUAGGCCGGCGCAGCAUGCGCGGAGUCACGUGACCACCCAUGGCGUCAGACGCGCGCCCUCGCUCGCCGACAGAUGGCGCGAGGAGGCGACGAGAAUACUCCAGGUCCCCGUACGUGACGCUGGGCGCGGUGCGGUACGCCGUCCGCCGCGCUCCGCCGCCGCGGGCCUGCCCCUGCCGCUGCUGCUCCGAGGAGGCGGUGGCGGCGUGCCUCGGCCGCGCCAAGCCUGAUCGACGCACGCUGGAUCGUAUCCAACGCCGGCUGGGCCGAGGCUCGCGCGACGAGCGGCCCUCGCGCGAGCAGCGCCUGCUGGGCCUGCAGGCCCUGACGGAGCGCCUGCUGCCGCGCGCGCACACCGCGCCGCCGCCCCCGCCACCGCCGCCACCGCCGCCGCCGCACUCGGCGCCCGUGCUGCCGCCCGUGCCACCACCUCGCACGCGCCACCGACACAGCCCUCCCCGAGGGGUCUCGGUGGACCGCUGCGAUGAUUUUGACACUGACAACAUUACUCUCGGUCGCGUAGAGCCCCGCUCGAUCGUCGGCUCCUACGCACAAAAGACUAUAGCAUACCGCAGCGCGUCGUUUUCCCAAGGUGAUUUUGCACAAGAUAAAUAUUAUCGUGGACCGAACAAAUAUCAAUCGAUUUUCGAUUUCGGUAAACGCCCUGCAAAGCCUGUCUCAGAUGCUGCGAGUGCAAAACGACGCGAUGCUGAUACUGUGAGCUUAGCAACAGAUGAAAACACAACCGAAGGAGGGUCUGUCGCAUCAGUCGACUCGGCAGUUGGUUCUGAUGAAGGGUUGCUAGCUCAUGCAUCGCCCGCUCCAAGAUCACCACCACCUGAUGCACCACACAAGCAGCUCGGGGCUCGUUCCUUGACACAUCCGUUGCCGCGACGGAUCCCUCCUGUGCGGGAGGAGGGCCCGACUGAGGCCGGUGGUAGUUUGCCGGCAUUGAUGACACCGCGAGUCUUGCAUGAACUCCGUGAAGAAAGUGAUGGUUCUCAAGCAGACAGUGCACAAGCACAUAGUGAAGGUACUUCGCCGCUAGAACCACAGCCUUUUGCUUUUCCCCCUCUCCCGGCUCCCCCUACGAACGCGUGUGCUAAUGUGGACUGUGAGUGUUCGAAUUUUCCUAAUACUAUUGAGGAGUGCCCGGUAGAGGAAAAUUUAAUCCCUGUGCCUGUGUAUGAGUGUAUAGUGAAACAGUGGUCUAAGGAGUUACCGUCGGAAGAGCCGCAGCGAUCUGACGCCGCGUCGGAUGGGUCCUUGGACCGUGACAAAGAGGAUGAAACUAUUACCAGCGAACAAGUCGCCCAUUUGCUAGCUGCUGUUCAGAAUCCUUGCACUCCUGCCCCGAUAGGUGCUAGAGAGAGACGUAGACCCCUAGACAAAACUAAACGGAGAAAGGGAAUUUACAUUACAACGCCAAGUGACGAUGGUGGCGAAGAGGAAGGGCCUCCUUCUGUAAACGGCUGCAAGCGUGAAAGCAGUGAAACGUCAUUGCAAGACAUGCGUUUAUCAGCCGAAACGCGGACCUCCUCACUGCUUGGUGAUAAAUCUGACGACUCAUGUACGAAUGGUCCACCAAGUCCGUCUGAUAGAGUAGCACCGAUGUGGCCGCGAUCUGAAGAGCUCAAGGCGAGGCGUGCGAGGUUCUACCAACAAAGCUCAGACGAGCGAGAUGACGACUCGUACCGAGCGAGACGGAAAUAUGGCGACUCGCCUUCUGAGGCUGAGAGCGACACGUGCUCCAGAGACAGAACAGCCUCGCCGUCUCCGUUCUGUCCGUCAGACACGUCGGACGUGGAAGCGAGACGGCAACAGUUUAACAGAGGGCCCUUUGGUAAGAAUUUGGAGGCACCUUCGAGUCGGUCCGUAGAAGUCGGAAGACGGAGUCUCUCUGACACGGUUCCUUGUCGCAAGACCAGCGUUGGGGCGAUGACGCCGACCAGGGCAGCGGGGCAUAAGACACACGUCAGAGCCACAUCGUCACCUGAAGUAAAGCCGGGAGCGGACUUGCUGGCCGAGCUGCUUCGAGGCAGCUCGGAAGCCCUCUCCAACUCGUCCACCUUCGACAACGUCGUGCUGACACUACAUCAACACAAUGACACAAGAACGCAUGUUGUGGUGGAGCUGUACGAAACAGAGAAGUCGUAUGUGGAAGCACUGGAGAUAUUAGUCAAGAAAUAUCUUCAACCUCUAAAAAGUCCGGAGAAUGCUGGUCUUCUGGACGCCUUCCUAGUGGACGAAAUCUUCUACCAAGUUCCUGGGAUCCUGAACGUGCAUCAGGUGUUUCUGGAGCAGUUGAGACGGAGGCUCGAGCAAUGGGAUCUGCAGCAGAAAGUUGGAGACGUAUUCUUGGACGUGUUCACAAAACCCACCGUAAUGGACACUUACAUGUCCUUUAUCAACAAUUUGAAGAAAGCAAAGGAAACAAUAAAAACAGCAGCAGCAUCACGGCCUGCCUUCGCCAAGUUCCUGGAUGCUAUGGCAAGGGACCAUAAGGGGAAACUGUCGUUGGACAAUUUGCUAAUAAAACCUGUACAGAAGUUCCCGAGUUAUAAGCUGUUGAUACAAAGGCUGAUUAAGCACACAGAUCAAUCACAUCCAGACCACAAACUUCUAUUAGAAGCACAAAAAGAAAUCCAUGAUUUACUAGAACUGAUCAAUUGCACUGAAAGGGAGAGCUUGGAGCUUGAACAGCAACAACAGACGUUAAGAGAAUUAGAGCAAAUGAUUGAGGGUCUAUCUAAUCUUGUGACUGCGGACCGAAUGUUCCUCAGACAUGAGACGGUGACGAUGCCGUCGGCACAAGGAACAAUUAAAGAUAGAGCUCUCUUUUUGUUCAACGACACCAUGUUGAUUACUAGUGUUAAGAGACGGACGGGUACUAUCAAGAAACCUACUCCAACAUACCAAAGUAAUAUAGCGAGUCAGAUGGAAGGAAACAAGUACAAACUGCUAAUGAGGAUAUCGCUGGCCGAUCUUGAGAUUGUUAAAGUUUUCUUGCCAACAGCUAAAGACGAGAAUUUGAGAAGGAUAAUGCAUGAAGUGGAAACUCUGACGGAAGAUGUGAACACACUGACUCAGAUAUCGGAGAAUGUAGCGGCAUUGCACACGCAACACUCACAGUUGGAGGAGAUAGUCAGAGAGAUGCUGCACACGUUGAAUAGACAGCUGUCGGAGAGACAGAAUAGUGACACUCAGCUGUGCUACAUGGAGAUCAGCUUGAAUACUUCAAAUGGUCCUGAGAAUUUAACAAUCAUCUAUCCCAAAGCAGAUAAGAGGACCAGUUGGGAGGAGCUAAUAAACGAAACGAAACAAAAAUUAUGUAUAUACGGGCAGGAACGGCCUGCACCAGAGUUCCUAUCACCAGUACCGAUUCGUAAGACUCGUGCUGGUUUGCAGUUUACUUGUGCUGCGCCCACACUACCUCCAAAAGGCCAAUCACCUGAUGUUUGGGUCUGCAACAGUGACGGCUACGUAGGCCAGGUGUGCGUGCUGACAUUAUCACCGAAGCCACAAGUGACGUCAUGCAAUGGCGUCUGCAACGCUCGCAUCCUGUGCGUCGCGUGCGUGCCGCCUGCGCCCGCGCUCACUCGCCAACAGACGCUUGAUAUACCGAGCACAAGUUCGCUAAACAGCACUAGUUCAGUGAAACCUGGUAUCAGUAUAUCGGACCCUGACGAUAGCUGCAAGAAUAUACGGCUUGACAGUUCCUCAUCAAGUGACGAAGACGACGAUGGUUCCUCAACCAGCGAGAACCAAGACGCUCAAUCAGAGCGCAGUCAGGAGUCAGCAACCAUCCGGCUGCACAGCAGCCUGACAGCCAGCCUGGGCAACCACAGGACGACCCUCACUCCGAACCACAGCAAGAGCUUGAGCACCCCUCAUACAGGGCAGAGCAUCCAAGUCCACCCAGUCAUGAAGUCUAACUCAAACCCUGCUGUGGAUAAACAGGCUAUGGGGAUUAAUUCUGGGACGCUAUCAUCUCCAGCCAGUCGCCAAUCCUCGGAAGACAGUGGAACGACAGCCAAUCAGCCCACUAUGUGGCUUGGUACAGAGGAUGGCUGUAUACACGUGUACAACUGCCUCGAUAAUAUUAGGAUAAAGAAGAAUAAAGUGAAAUUACAACACAAUUCGGGGGUUCAUUCCAUUGUAUAUGUGGAGGGGAAAGUAUUUGUUGCCCUUGGCAACGGUGAUCUAGUCGUAUACUGUCGGGAUAUAGACGGUUCAUGGACGGAGCGGUCGACGAUCCCGGUGGGGUCUGGCAGCAGUCCCGUGAGCAGCAUGCUGCUCUCUGGCGGCAAGCUCUGGUGCGCCACGCACGCCUCCAUCAAGAUCAUCAACCCGCAUACUUUGCAGGUGGACGAAACAUUCCAAAUAAGUUCAGAGACGAAGCCGAUCUCCCACAUGGCGGUCGCCGGCGGCACGAUAUGGCUGUCGCUGCACAACGCUGCGCAGCUGCGGUGCUACAACUCCAGCAGUCGCGAGCAGCUCGCUGAGAUCAACAUUACGCCGCAAGUCACUAAGAUGCUGCAUGCAGGCUGCGACGAUAUAAUCCGCCAGCACAAGGCCGCGUGCCUCCGAGUGACAGCGCUCCUCGCGCACCGCGACACGCUGUGGGUGGGCACCAGCGCCGGCGUGCUCCUCACGGCGCCGCUGCACUACUCGCCCAACCCCCGGACUGGGGCUUUCACUGUCCCACAUCUUACUGGUAUAACCUACGGCCACACUGGUCACGUGAGGUUCCUUACCAUAGUUGAGAACCCAGCGGCUCAGAAGCAGCCAGCUAAAGCAACACAAACUUCACUAAAGACGAAGGCACUAAGUCGCAGGUCGACAAACGCCGAGAAACUGCAGAAACAAGCGGAACCCACGCAGAAUAAUAAGGAGACUCUCAUUAUAUCUGGUGGGGAUGGAUACGAGGACUUCAGGAGCUCUACCAUGACAGAAGAUGCAGGCAGAGAAGAUUCGACCAAUCACCUCCUUCUGUGGAGAGUCUGAACGAAUUUUGCGGCCUACAGGGUUCAAGCACUUUCAGACGCACCGCGUCAAGGACUUUUGACGUUUUGAAUCACCUACGUACGUUUCACACGUCACGAAAGCCUAAAGUUUUAGUUUUAAAUGUUUUCGUUAAUGAAUGUUAGUGUUAUACAAGCUUUCAUUUCGAAACGUUGAUGUAUGUUAAAAAUUAUAAUAAAUCUUUUUGUGUUUUGCGCUUGUGAGCGUGAUAUGAGAUUAUUAACGUUAGGACAUUAAAUGUCAAAUUUUAUCGAUUUGUCCCAUUGUAUCAAAAUUAAUUUAAACGUGCAGUAUUAUUAAAUAAAAUUUGACCAUCUGUGUAAUGGCCUGUUGCGUACCUUAUAGAAGUUUCUAUCAAUGUUUUAGAACUGAUUACAUGUAUCCAGCCCAUAUCAAGACAUACAUAUGUGUCAUUUAUUAUUGUUGUCGUUUGCUCGAACUCACGAACUGCCCCUAACUUUGAGGGGUCUUUUGUAUAUCUACGUGGGAAGAAAAUGAUUGUCAAAGACCCUACUUUCCAGAAAAUGUUCCCUUUUUAAGUAUCCCUUAGCGUUAGAGACUUUUAGUGAGAACGAGUCGAGUAGUAGUAAAACUGUUGUAGAAUAUUGAAAUAAUGAUAAAUUUGUGUACCUAAGGGACGUUUUAGGACUAAUUAAAUUGUUCAUUACUUUCUCUUCCGUAGCUUUCAGAAUUUUCGUUACUCGUGCUUACUAGCUCAAUUUUGAUUUAACUAGACCUUCUCUAGUAUUUAUUUAGACAAGCUUGGAAUUUUUCUCUAAUCAAAUCUACAAAAUCUGUAUUGAUGUCUAAAUUAAAAGCUAUUUAUAAAUAUAGACUGAUAUUUUCGUCUAUUUAGAUGUAAUCCUAAAUAUAUAUUUUAGAUUGAUUCUUUCUAUCUGUAAUCUUCUAGAAAAAGUUGAGUAAGUAACCAUGGGUAUCAGCAGAAUGUAUCUGACAACCAGAAUCAUUUUUGUAAAGUAUAUUUUCAGAUGUAGCUUAUGAGUAGGUAUACACUGUUAUUCCGAAUGUACUUUGCCGAAUCAUCGAAAGCCUGGUUAUUUUUUUGUGAUUGCUCAAAAAUUUUAAGAUAUAUUAUGUAUGUUACCUGACCUGACAUUUAAGAGCAACAUUUUUUUGAAUAGGAUGUUUGGAAGAUGUAUCCUAUAUUUAUAAUAUUGCAGAAUAAUAAAAGAGUCGCACUAAU